UCUGACUCUAGGAGGAAGAGCAGAGAGCCACGGAACCAAGCCAUCCUCCAAUCGUCGUGGUUACAGCCACUCACUGAAGGACUAAACUUUUUGGGAGUCUCCUCAUCCGGCCGUGCUGGCUGACUGGUUAUUGUUGGUUUAGGGGAAUGCAUCUCUCCUCUGUUUGCUCUAUAAACGGGUUUGGGAACGCAUUGAGGAAGGGGUCCACACGAAUGGGAAUACGGCAGCGCCAAACUCUUGCAAUGCGGCCAGAGUGAAGGGGGUAGAAGACAAUACCAUUCCACGGGCUGUGGGGCUGCUCGCUAUCAAUAUUUCAGUGGGGUCUGCUUCCAAGCGAAUAGUUACAGUUCCAUUUUUUUCUCUCUGAUUGCUCCUAUAACCCAUUAUUGCGACGAAUAGUGUUUUUGAUUAGAAGAACAAGCCAUGACGUCUACGGCCAAAUUCCGAAAGGACAAGGAGAUCGUAGCCGAAUAUGAGACUCAAGCCAAAGAGAUCCGUGCCCAGCUGGUGGAGCAGUUGAAGUGUCUGGACCAGCAGUGUGAGCUGAGGGUGCAGCUGCUGCAGGACCUGCAGGACUUCUUCAGGAAGAAGGCGGAGGUGGAGAUGGACUACAGUCGUAACCUGGAGAAACUGGCCGAGCGGUUCCUUACGAAGACACGCAGCACCAAGGACCACCAGCUCAAGAAGGAGCAGAGUGUGCUGUCUCCAGUCAACUGUUGGAACCUGCUGUUGACUCAGGUGAAGAGAGAGAGCCGAGACCACGCGACCCUCUCUGACCUCUACCUCAACAACAUCAUACCGCGCUUCGCCCAGGUCAGCGAGGACUCCGGACGACUCUUCAAAAAGAGUAAGGAGGUCGGCGUUCAGCUUCACGAGGAUCUGAUGAAGGUUCUGAACGAGCUCUACACGGUAAGGCUGUCUCCUCACACACCAGGGAGAGAUCCCCUACUGGGAGGGAGCAAAGGAACCAUGCGACCAUGUCCAGGCCAGUAUGAUGUGGGAAGCCAGCGCUCCACGCCUCUUGGCUCGUUGGUCGUUUCAGAAUUGGACCCAAUAGAGGCCAUUGCUCGCUUCGACUUCUCCGGACGGACCAACCAGGAGCUGUCAUUUAAGAAGGGCGCGUCUCUCCUCCUUUUCCAGCGAGCCAGUGAUGACUGGUGGGAGGGCCGACACAACGGAGUGGACGGACUGGUGCCUCACCAGUACAUAGUGGUUCAGGACAUGCCGGACGGGGGCAGAGGCAGUCCGAAGACUGAAGCGGAGUUGCAGGAGGAGAGAGUGUCUACUAGGGGCACUGCUGCCUCUCCUACUGGAGCUCAUGUAGCAGACAUCUACCUAGCCAACCUCAACAAGAUGAGGAAGAGGCCUGAGUUGGGGAGUAUCCGUAGGACCUUUUGGGGGUCUGAGGGAGUCCAGGGGGGUGAUGUGUCCCUGUCUGGGGCGACAGGAGGGGGCGUAAGGACGGCCAGUCUGCCAGUGGGAGGGGCUCUGGUGAAGGAGGGCGGCGACAAGCGACCGGUCAGCGCCCACAGUGUCCUCAACUCCUCAAUCACACGCCACUCCUCUCUCAAGACCAAGGUGGAGAGCCCUCAGUUCUGCAAGGCGACUACUACGGGCCGCUCUAAGAGCUUCAGCAACCACCGGCCCCUGGAUCCUGAGGUCAUCGCUCAGAUGGAGCCCACAUCACAGGAUAUCGAGGCAGCUAUGAGCUCUGCUCUGAGUGAGCUGAAAGAGCUGGAGAGGCAGAGCAGUGUCAAGCACACGCACACCCCCGACGUGGUGCUGGACACACUGGAGCAGCUGAAGGGUGUGUGUGGGGGUGGCGGGGCGUCCGAGCCCUCCAGUCCCCUCCACUCCCGUCUGCUGAGGGACAGCGAGGGCGCAGGGCCUCCACACUCACACCCCCUCCAACGCAGCGCCUCGUCCGCAAGCGACGUCCCCUCCUCCUUCCGCCCCUCCAAGCCCAGGAGCCCUCUGCCCUCUUCCGCAUCCUCCUCUCUCGCCUCCUCAGCCCUCUCUGCCUCCACUCCCUCCUUCCGAGAGCCUCGCCCUCCAGCCACGCGGCCCAAGCCGGUGGUCUUCCCCAAGGGUGGAGGAGGCGGCAGUCCGGCUAUGGGCUCCCCAACCACCACUGUCCCCCCAACCCCUCCUCCCCCACCCCCAUCCCAGCCCAACGACAAGUCCUGCCCUGCCUGAGUGCACUCUCUCUCUCUCACACACGCACACGCACACGCACACACACACACACACACACACACACACACACACACACACACACACACACACACACACUCCCCUUCGAUCCUCACACCCUGUCCCCAUCUCCUCUCACCCCAGUAAUAAGUGGGAUAGCUCCAAUCUUGGAUCAGCUUACCCUCGCAAACUCUUAACCAUUUAUGGGGAAAACCCCCGAACCAUAUGUAAAGAAUCCAUGACUCAACUCUGCCCCCUCUUGGUAGCUUCAGUCAUCACACCUACCUUCUGACUGACACGGACUAAUACAGAAAAUCAAACAAGGCAUCCAAAUGGACAAACAGCCUGACAAAAAGAGAUAUGGCGCCUGUACUGUAUAUACCGGUGUGAGGAGUGCCUGUGUGAGGUGUGUGUGUGUGUGUGUGUGUGUGUGUGUGAGGUGUGUGUGUGUGUGGCAUACCUUACACUUGAGUGAGAGCACCGUUUGAUUUUAAAUAGAUGGUGACAUUUAAGGACAUUUAUCCCCAACUGACCUUGAGAAUACUGGAGUGGACGGGAGGAGUGGUUCACCUGGUUGGCUGUGUGUGUGGCAGUGUGACUCCUGGAUUCCACACUCUCUGAGAACACACAGACCGACUGUGGAAACAGAGAACCCUAACUAACUCUGUAGAAACUCUGUGACCUGUUCACUCCGCUGCUUCAAGACUGGGGCAAGACUGGAUCUGCCAGCCUGGACAGAGAGAGAGAGAGAGAGAGAGAGAGAGAGAGAGAGAGAGAGAGAGAGUUGGACUGACAGAUGGAUGGAGGGACAGAGGACCAGAAGAUGCAGCAACUCCGGUGGAAAGCCGGGCUAUAUCGCCGAUAGAAAAGCUCUGGAGUAGAGUGCAGGGGGGGGAAUGCCUGCUUCUAUGUGAGGAGGAGAGUGCUGGGUUACAUCUCUGAUCCUCCGAGGUGUCUGGGCAGCAAGCGGCGUGUUGUGGGGAUUCAUCAUAACACAAAACGCUAACCCGUAGAGUUGCUUUACACAAGGGUCUUUUCUACUGUACUCUCCUAGACUCGACAUCCGGGCUUUUCAAUUAGCGGCCCUCAGUGGCCAAAGUAAUGCUGGUUCUCUUUACUAAGUGGAAAUUGAUUUGCCAGAGAGUCCAAUCACCUGUUUCCCGGGUGGGAAGGAGUCCCUAGAAUUGAAUGCAGUAGUGACGGGGCCCUCCAGGACCAGAAUUGAAUAGCCCUGUUCGACAUUCGGUACAACCAACAUAGUGCAACGCAACGCUUGUCUGGCUUUAAAGCAGCACCUCCUGCUGGUGCAUAAGGGCACGACAUGGCCUUGCUCAAUAACCCCCCUUUCUUUAGCAAUAAGAGUCUGACAGAGACUCAUCAACUCAGCAGCAUGCCAGGCCUGCUGCUUCUCUCUCCCUUAGAUUCCCGGCAUUAAUAUACACUCUAUUACAGAAGUAGAACACACACACACGCAUGCAUGACGUGUGUGUGUGUGUUCUGUGGCAGCUAAAUGCCUUUUCAGGUUCUCCUCGCAUGCUGGGGCCACAGCAGUCGCAGUGCUGACUGACUGACUGACUGACUGCGUCUAUCUACAAUACAAGCAAUGCACCUCUUCGACCAGCUAAUGAUGACUCCAAACAAAAUCGGCAAACAUGUUUGUUUUUCUCGUCUAUAUGUUUAAUAAUCAUGAUGAUUAACUGGAAAAGUGCAGACGAGGAAUCUCAGUGAGGUGGUAGAGUUUGUUUAGAUACGAGCACAAACAAACCUCGUCAAGCACAUUUGGAAUAAUUACACGAUGCUUCUUUUUCUCCCAGUUGUUAGUUAAUCCUCAGAAUAUGUCAUACUGAAUCGUGUCUGUCAGGGACUCUGCUCUUAGAACUGAAACUUAAAGGGAAAACCCACUCAAAUCAUUUGGUGUUUGUUUCAUUAGUCUACUGCUGAUACAGUCCCAAACUUGACUGCUGGCAAGCGAAACAUUUUUCAGGAUAAUUUGCGUCAUCAAUGAUGAUGUGGUUGGAGACACUUUGCUUCUUGAAACUCCCAACAUCUUGAAAACUUGACUGUUGACCUUCAAAACAGUUUGUGACUGUAUCAACAGUGGACUAAUGAAACAAAUACCAAAUUAUCGUUUUUUAAAGUGGAUUUGCCCAUUAACUGCGCAUCAUGAAGGGAACCAACGAAUGGCAGCUUUCUGGGGACAGGGGGACCAACAGGAAGGAGACACCACAGACAGCAGAGCCACUUCCUGUGUCACCAGAGCCACUGCUCACUAGAGAGAUGUUUGUGUGACUGACUAGUACUCAGUCCCAGUCAUUUCAGCCAUUUCUGGAAAAGUGUCACUCUCUCGUUCCUCUACCAAGAGCAUUGGUGUGUAUCAUGGCGGACCAGCGUCCAAUCAUUUAUUGGGAUUUAUAUAACCCAAUGACAUGAGUUAAAGCAACAGCCCCGAGGCCUGUUCUGUGGUGCUCGUCUUUAAGAGAACCUCUGCUGUGACUCCCUAACUGUCUGUUACUCUGACUGUCGCAUCACGUGGUCAACGUCAAAACGGUCCUGUCCUGUCUGUCACGGUGACAUCAUUUGCAUUUUCUGUAGUCCGAACUCUGAUUUGUGACAGAAUGUGACAGAAUGUUUUGAUUGGUCAAGGUCAGUGGGAGGCGGGAUGCUCUAGUGAUUGACAGCUCUAACGCCCGGUCUGAGAUCAGGAUCGUCAAUGACAGGGCUCAAGAGAACCCUCAGGGGAGAAGAGAAGAACAACUAGUUAAGACAGUUUCUGUCUUUCCCCCUCUCCUUAUCACCCUCCUCUCUUAGUACCUUUCUCCUUCUCCUAGCAUUCUCCCUCUGUUCCCACAGACACACACCUUUUCUUUACAAAUAUCCCUCUCUCUAGUUCCUCCCUUAUUCCUUCCUCCCCACCCUGCAAACCCCAGGUAUAUAAUUGUAUUAUUGCAAUCCCAAAUGCUCUGUAACAGGUGGUUGAUUUCUUAAAUGUAAUGUUUUAUCUCUGUGUGUAUUUUCAGAUGUGUUUUACAUAGGGUUGCUCCCCUUACCUCAUCUUUGGCCACUGGGGCGAUUAGGCAUCAACACACAUGUCAUACGAACACACACUUAUGGGUGAUGCUUUGUGGUUGGAGUCUCUGUUCACCUGGCUUCGCUGUAUAGGAGCCGGGAGCCUCAGUCUCCACACCGUAUUAUCAGUUGAGCUCAAAUCAUUCAUUGCACACUUGAAAUUACAGUGUGCUCACGGACUGAUUUGAGCGAUGAUGAUUUUUAAAAUUCUGAUUUAACUAUUGUUAAAUAUGCAUUUCUUGCCCAUUUGAAAACACGGGACCUAAAAAAAAAAAAAAAAUGACUGUAAUGUCAAAUAUAUUUAUAGUUGUCUCUGUAUUACCGGAGAAUCCUAUGUUAAGAUGUACUUUGUACAUACAAUGUUGUACAUUACAGAGGUACACUGUUUUUCUGGUACAAUAUUGUACAGUAAUAGCAAUAGUAGCUUAAUCAAAUAGGUCUUAUAUAAUUCUAUGUCUAGUUCUUGUAGUAGACUCUUUUUUUUUUUAAAUAAACAUCUCUUGCUAUAAAAGG